AUAAACUUUUUUCUCCAUCAACAGCUCUUUGAUCCUGCCCUCAUGAGGUCCUGCACCAGCCUGCCACCAGCCUGAUGCGUCAAUCCGAUUCGUUCGGUACCUUGUUUCUUGCCUACCACCGCCAUUAUAUAUCCAUCCCCCAAUGUCUGACUAGCCUGCCAUGGACCAGAACACUCCUUGUUAUUCCUUUAUCGGCAUAGUCGAUUUCUCCCAAGAAGCAAAGUGGCUCUACAUGACCGACUCUGUCGUCGAGCUCUUGGGAUACGAACCACACGAACUCUAUGGCCACCCCUCGCUCGAACUCGUACAUCCAGACGAAGUGAACCGAGUUCGCAAACUGCACCACGACACAAUCAAGGCAGACAAGGCUGCGGUCCUCGUCUACCUUCGUAUGAAGCACAAAGAUCCUUACAAAGGCUAUGUUUUAUGUGGUGUAUCACGCACAGUCGUCCAUAACGUCCUCGUCGGAAGCGUCUCCUUUGCGUCUCCGGGCGCCAAAGCCCUUCACAACGCAUCUACAGCUCAAGAAAUAACUGUCAUAAGCCCCGCAGCAGAGAACUUUCAAUUCCGCGUACGUCCCGGUCUCUUAAUCUCCGAUGGAAUGACCCUUCUCCAAUGCCGCCUUCCCCGCCCCCAUUCUCCACCCCGCCCCCAACUCCCGCCGACCCGAUAUCCUACGAACACCUCCCGUCCCAGUCCUUCCGCACAGCCCUCAUCCUCAACCGCUUCUCCCUCCGCUUGCACCAUCCAAUACUGCUCCAAUGACCUCCUCAUAGAGAGCACCGAAGCUAUCGGCAGGAGCUUCUUUGACUACGUCGCUCGGAAAGACGAAGCGAUCGUCACCAGCUGGAUCGACGUUAUCAAGACCUGGGGCGUCAACGAACGUGGUCAGCCGAGCGACGGCGGGUUUGGAUUCGGUAAAUUCGCACUAUUGACAGAAGCCAGGGAAUCCGAACAUCAUAAACACGGAACCAACAAGUCUCGCUCCUCCAAACGGAGCAGCCAAACACCGAGAAAGUCCUCACACCAACCAGAAGCGCUCCAGGGGACAAUCGCAGUAGACGCUAUUUUCUCUGCUCAUUCAGAUGGUUUGAUGGUCAUUCUCAGGAGGGCGUCGUAA